AUGAAUGAUUCGGGUGGUCAAAAGGGCCAAGUCGAAACGUUGUAUGGUAAGAGUCCUAGAGGAUCUUAUGGUAGCUAUCAACUUUCCUUAACUGAGUCUAAUCUCAAUGUUUUUUGUGAUAUAACUGAUUCUGUCCCAAGAAAAACCGCACAUGAGAAGGAAAACAUUGCCACUCUAACCUUGAUAUAUCCCAGUUUUCCAAUUACUGAUACUCCUGAUUUUAAAUGCCCAAACAGUUGCAAUCAGUCUGAAAAGAAUUUCAUGAAGCAGCUAUGUGUUACCAAGGUCAAGCUGAAUAACAUUGAAAAGAAAACAAGAGCUCAAUCCCAGUCUGCAGAAUGGAAAUAUGAAAGAAAGUACAGGUUGACUGCCUCAAACUUUGGACUUAUAAGUAAAAGAAAGAGAAAUCAUGAUUCCCUUGCAAGUAACUUGCUUAAUCCAAAGCCUUUCAAUUCAAAGUACACAGCCCAUGGCCUCAAGUAUGAGUCAACAGCAUUGCAACAAUACCAAAAAUAUAUGCAUGCAAUAGGAAAACCAGUAGUGUUAUUCAAAUCAGGGUUUGUUGUAUGCAAAGAUGCACCCUUUCUAGGAGCUUCACCAGAUGGUAAAGUUAUUGAUACAGGAUGCAGUGAACCCUAUGGCCUUGUUGAGGUAAAAUGCCCUGAGACAAAAUAUAUGGUAAUUCCCUUGGAUGCCUGUUCAGAUCCAAAGUUUUGUUCACAUGAAGUUGCAGGAAAACCACAACUCAAGCAUGACCAUGAUUACUACGCACAAGUACAAGGUCAAUUAGGAGUAACACAAGUAAAAUGGUGUGAUUUUAUUAAAUAUGAUCAUCAAUACUGGAUAAAUUUGAAAAGUAGAUUGCAUUCCUUUUACUUUGAUCAUUUCAUCAAUUUGGCCACAACUGAAUAUAAUACAUGCACAACAAAGAAAUGA